GAAACAUAGCUGAUAGAAAAAGCUUAUCAGAGAGAAUGGAGAUUGAAAGAGUGCAAGACAUUGCUUGUCUUUCCAAAGACACCAUCCCAGAAGAGUUCAUUAGGUCAGAGAAUGAGCAGCCAGUAAUCACCACUGUUCAUGGGGUCAACCUUGAGGUGCCAGUAAUCGAUAUGAGCGACCUAGAUGAGGAAAAGAUUAGUCAUUUGAUUGUUGAUGCUAGCCAGAAAUGGGGAAUGUUCCAAAUAAUCAACCAUGGCAUACCUGAAGAGAUUAUGAACCAGUUUAAAAGUGUGGGUAAGGAGUUUUUUGAGCUUCCACAAGAAGAGAAAGAAGUUUAUGCAAAGGAACCUGGGACUAUGGAAGGCUAUGGAACAUCUCUUCAGAGAGAAAUUCAGGCCAAGAAAGGCUGGGUUGAUCAUUUGUUCCACAAGAUAUGGCCACCUUCCGUUAUUAACUACAAGUUUUGGCCUAAGAAUCCACCUUCUUACAGGAAGGCCAAUGAAGAGUACGUCAAGAACCUACAUGGAGUGGUGGAUAGAUUAUUCAAGAGCUUGUCAAAAGGUCUAGGACUUGAAGAGAAUGAACUAAAGGAAGCUGCAGGUGGGAAUGAGUUAGUUUACCUCCUGAAAAUAAACUAUUACCCACCGUGCCCACGCCCAGAUCUGGCACUUGGGGUGGUGGCUCACACUGAUAUGUCCUGCAUCACCAUUCUUGUGCCCAAUGAUGUCCAGGGUCUUCAGGCCUCUAGAGAUGGACACUGGUACGAUGUCAAGUGCAGCCCUAAUGCACUAAUCAUCCACAUCGGUGACCAGAUUGAGAUCUUGAGCAACGGAAAGUACAAGAGUGUGCUUCACAGAACAACAGUGAACAAAGACGAGGCAAGAAUGUCAUGGCCGGUGUUCUUGGAGCCUCCGACGGAUUUUGAAGUGGGGCCUCACUCCAAGCUCGUUAACGAAGAGAAUCCACCCAAAUAUAAGACCAAGAAGUACGGUGAUUAUUGUUAUUGUAAGCUCAACAAGAUUCCACAGUAGUAGUUGUUGUGUGCUGUAACGAGUGGUGCAAGAAAAUUAGAGUCAAAUGAGCAUAAGGAAGGAGAUUUAUCAUGUAACUUAGGCUUGUUUAGAUUAUCUAGUAAUAUUAAAUAUCAUCGUAUUCUCUGUCAUAUGAUUAUUGAAAAAUAAAUAGUUGAAAAUGAAUUCCAUCUGUUUAAAUAGUUAA